CAGCGCGCGAAAUUGUUGAACGUUUAUAGAUCAGACGUUCUUGGAAGAGAAUUCGUGAGAAAUGAAGAUUUUAACUUGGAAUAUCAACGGAAUUCGUGCCUCUAGGCGUGAAAGAUCGUUGAAAGUCCUUUUAGAUUCCCUCGAAGCUGAUGUUAUCUGCUUGCAAGAGACGAAAGUUACUCGUAAGUACACACUGCACAUGUACAUCAAAUUAUUUCAGCCGGUUGCAAGCAUCUAGGUAGUCGCGUAGGUCUGUUCAAUUUUCCAACAUUUCCCUUUUGCUCGGACAUACGGGAAACAGGAAUGGCAAGGUAGUGAGAGCGUUGGCAGUCUUCCUCCCACCAACAUUCCAAAAAGUUGGGAAAGAAGAGCCACUUAAUUCCAACUACAAGAUUGUUAAUGCAUACAAAAAUAUACCGUAUGAUUGCAAUGGAACAAAGGCAGUUUGAUCGUCCGGGUGAGUGUAGUCCUGAGAAGGACUGUAGUCGGUAGUGGUGACUGACGUUUCGACAAACUGAGCAGAAAUCAUCAUCUGAGUCAAUGAUUGUUGUCAUUCGAAUGUUCUUUGUCUGAUUCAUAUUAACCGAUUGGUAAGUUUUGCUGUCAUGUUAUUGGCUGUAAGAUUCAAGUGUCGCAAUUGGUUGGUUUUGAUCCGUUGGUAAUGUUUGGCUUGUCUGUUUGGUUAGUUUGUGAUGUUAACAUGGUGAAUAAGUCUUUUCAUUGUGCCAGUAGUUAAAUUGACACCUGACGAGGGGAGUCUGUUCUUACAUGUUGUUAGGAAACCAGCUUUCUAGAGUCAGUUCUUAACAGAAGUUAGUGCUAUAGGUUAGGAAUUACACAGAGUCCCAGUUAGUAACAGUUAGUGUUAUUCUGCAAUUCAUGUGUCUCAUGAGGGCAAGUUAAAGUUAUAAGCUCACAAUUGUUUAUCCCACUGGCCAUGUUUGAUUUGGAGUCAAAGUGGAUGGUGAGGGUAGGGGGCAGGGGAAGGUAGUAUUCACUCCUCCAUCCCCAGCCUUCUCCUUAUUUUUGACUGUCUUGGUACAAAUUUCUUUCUCUCCCCAGCCUUCUGCUUCCAUUGAAAUCAAAGAUAGCAGCCAUAAUUUUUGCUAAGAAAAUACUGAGCACUCACUUGCCAAAAUUAAACCUGUUCUCUGGGCUAAGUUAGGGUGGUUAUGCAGUUUUAUACUCACCACGAACAAACUGCAUUUAUUUCACACUAUAGGUGAUAUGUUAGAUGAAGUGACAGCAAUUGUGGAUGGUUACAAUGCUUAUUUUAGCUUCUCAAAAGUGAAGACUGGAUACUCUGGUAUGUAAAAGAUAGCAAUUUUGUCCCUCCUCACCAAUUUUGGUUGUGCUUUUGAAAAUCAAACUGUAAUGUAUAGCUUUUGAGCUUAUGCAAGCCGACUUGUGCCACUAAACUUAAGAGCUAGCUCUCGUUUUUGCUCAUUUUAUAGUAUAAGGAGUGAAGGAAAUCAGCCUGGGGUGUGGCAUUUUGUAUUUUCUGAAUGUCUCAUAGGAGACUGGUCUUGGGAUUAAAACAUUCAGGUCUGACCCUUGCUGCAUGUAGAUUCACUUUUAAAAUUAAUUUAAUAAUGCAGUGAUUAUUCAUGAUGGCCCAGUUCAUCUUUAAGCUUGUUUAAAUGGGGGUCUUUUGUGAUUUUCUAUGGAAGGCACAUAAUUUCUCACAUUUUCUCCCCUGACAAGGAUAUUUUAGGAUUGAUCUUCGGCAAACUUGCAGGAACACCUGGUCCCAUUUCUUUGAAUAGAUCAUGCUAUUCUCUGGAUAAUCUCUGUCUUGUUGAUAGUGCAACAUGGUAUAUUGACACUAAUGUAGCACAUCUAUAAUUUUUUGCGCAUCCCUAUUGGCUACUUUCCAUUAACAAAAUCCUUGGACAAUUAUCAGGCCAUAACCCCCAUUUACAUUGAUAUUUAUCCUCCAAUUAUUUCCAUGGGAAAGCAACUAACCCAGCAGAAAAAAACCAGCUCAUGAGUUUCACCUUUAUUGUUUUAAGUGGAAGAAAACAAACUUGUUUUGUGGAUUCCACCAGUAGUGACAUUAGAAAGCUUAUCUCAAAUGCUGCUCCGGAAAGUGCACAAACAGUCAGUAAAAUUUUGCUGUCAACACGCAAAGCAAAAUUUAAUGAAGGUGUUAUAAAAUAAUUAAACCCCUCUCAGGCAGCUGGUAUGUGGGCUGACAAUGUCCUUGGCUGAGAGAUUAUCGUCAAAAUUUCACAUUUUCCCUCAAUGCUUCACUUCUCUGCCAAAUAUUUAUUUUUCCAACAAUACCUCAACCACUUACAGUACAUUAUCAUGUGACAUACCAGCUUCCUGAAGGAGUUUAUUUACUAAUUAUACACUGGAUAGUAACUUAUUCUUUGGACAGUGUUAUUCACCUUUCAAAGGACAUUAGGCCUUGGUAAAUUACUCUUAAUGCACAAGCAGCGUAUCUUUUCUGGGGGUGAAGAGAGUGGGAGAAGAAAACUGUGAUUUCCCUCAUGAUACUGCAGAAAUUGGGAUAUAAACUCCCUUUGCUGUGGAACUCUUGCCUUGCAUGUGGAUUCACCUUUGGUUCUUUGCAAAGUAUAAAAGUUCCAUUUUGAAUGGAUGAUGUUACUCUUUUAAUGUAUACAAGGUUAUGUUACACCUCAAUUCUCUUGAAUAGCAUAGAGAGGAAAUGUAUGCAUAAAUGAGUUUCCAGAUCUUAAGAAUGCACUGUUUGUAAUUUUAGCUAACUGUGGGUGCUCUCUCCACAGGAGUUGCAUCAUUUUGCCGCGACGCAGUGACACCUAAAGCUGCUGAGGAGGGUCUCUCGUCUUGCCUUACUCCUCAGCCAUCUAUUGCCUGUUACGGCAGUAACACUGACUUCACACCUGAUGAGCUAGAAGCUCUGGAUAAUGAGGGUCGUGCCAUACUCACAGAACAUACUCUCCCUGAGGGCAAGUCAGUUGUUAUUAUUAAUGUGUACUGUCCCAGAGCUGACAAGGAGAAUAAGGAAAGAGUGGAUUUUAAAAUGAACUUUUAUAAAUUGCUGCAGGAGAGAGCUGAAUCCCUUGUCAAUGCAGGAAGGUACAGAAACUGUAUGUUUCUUUUGUUUGGCUUUUUUUUUCUUUAAUAUUUGCAUUUAAUAAAUAAAAAAGCUGUGCCUCAAUUUAAUAAAGGGGAUAAGUUUCUAAGAGAACUGUGGUGCUGCAUUGGUGGGAGAGUAUAACAGGGUACUUUAUGUUCUCAACUGAGUUAAAAGUAUAAAUUGGCCUCUGUAAAGAGUUUCAAAGCUGAUGUUUUGAGUGUUAGCCCUUUUUUAUCUAGAGCGAAGGGUUACAGUGGCCAAUUAGUGUUAUCAAUUUAGUCAACAAUACUAAACUACCCAGUUAUGCCUCAAUGAAGGUGUGGAAAUUAAACAUUGUUUUACUUUUUGAAGGGAUUGGUUAGCUAAUGGCUAUUGGCUUUUGUCAAACUGGCAUUGGCAAUUUCAGUGCUAAUCAUGUGUGCCUUAACCCUUUAACUCCCAAGAUCUGAUUGUUAAUUCUCCCCUGUAGCUGCUACACAUUUCCUUGUAAAUUAGUGAUGAGAACUUGGUGGUAGAUCAAGAUAGCAGCUUCUACCUGAUAAGUUUGAAUAUUCUCAUCGCCUGUUUGCUGAAGAAUGUAUGCGUAUAGCAGGGAGAAAUUUUAUGUUCAUCACUUCUGGGAGUUGAAGGGUUAAUCAACUUGUAGUUAAUAACCAACUUGCUGUUUCUCUUGCUUGUCAGUGGAGCCCAACAGUAUCUUUAGGAAAGAAUAUUUUUGUUAAAUUACCCUAGAAACCAACCUGUCACUUUAUACAAGGCUGGUAACAGAGGAGCAUGAGCCUCAAGAUACAUCUACAGAUAUGUUUACCAUACUGAAAUGUCAAGAUUUGACCUUCCUCAGUUAUUUGUUUUUCUUUUCAAUGUAGGUACGUCAUUGUUCUUGGUGACAUUAACACAUCACAUAAAAUGAUAGAUCAUUGUGAUCCUGAUAAAGAGGUAAAUAUUUUGGCCAUACUUUAAUUUUUUUCCCCUUCUCUAAUAAUAAACAUAAAAAUUUCAUUUUCCAUUUGUUUUGUUUUUUGGGAGAUUUAAUAGCCUUAGGGUCACAGCUAGUAUGUCAGACUUGUCCAAUGGGCACAAGCAGCUUCUCCUUCAUGCGAGGUCAUGAGGUCUCGCUGCAAGACCAGGCUGCUAACUGUGUUGUGUUUUUAGGGUAGACACUUAACCCUCCCAUUUCCUCAUUCUACCCAGCAGAAUAAAUGGGUUUAGGCCAAAUUUCAGGGAAAGUGGUGGAAAUGCUUGGGGGUAACCUGCCAUGGACCAACAACACCCAGUGGGAAAAGCAACAACUUAGUAACUUCAUGCAAUGGGAAUUGUGGACAAGCUCUGGUAGAGUGGCCCACUCUGCUCAAAUGCUGACCCAACGUCACUGUUUUUACCAUAUGAUUUGAUUAUUGAUAAUGAAAUGGUUCAUCAUGUGACAUAGAUCCAUCCAUAUGUCGUCAUUGGUCCAAUUUUUUAAAAAUUUUGUUUUACUAUAAAUUUUAAUUCAUUAAAAAAAUCAUUACAAUCCUUUCUUUUUAACCCGAUCAGGGUGUUGCCCAGAAAUAUGGAAGAACGUCUCCAACCCACAUGUUACCUUUCUGCUAACACAGAAGGUCUUAAAAGAGAAGGAUAAUUGUGUGAUCUAACAAAUCUACACGUAGAUGUUUUUACUCUUUCCUCAGGAACUGUUCAAUGCUCAUCCUGGACGAAAGUGGUUGGAUCAGUUUUUGGUUCCAUAUGAAGUUAACGGCGCUAAUCCAGACCAUAACACAGGUGAUCCUCUCCAAGCACAAGGUGGGCUUUUUGUAGACUCAUUCCGUUAUUUUCACCCUUCCCAGCGUGACGCUUACACCAAUUGGUGCACGGUGACCAGUGCGCGUCAAACCAAUUACGGUACAAGAAUUGAUUACAUUUUUGCCGAUAAAGAACUUGUUGAUAAAGAAUUCCUAAACUGUGAGAUACUGGCCGAUGUCGAGGGCUCAGAUCACUGUCCAGUUGUAGCAACUUUGAAGACUUCUUUUCAAGCUGCAUUGAAACCUCCUUCCCUUUGUACGAAGUUUAUGCCAGAAUUUUCUGGGAAACAACAGAAACUUAAGUCUUACUUUUUGAAACAUGGACAACAGUCGCAGAGUCAACCCGAGGCUUGUUCUACGGACUUAAGUGUUACACAGGAAACAAAGACGUCCUUAAAACGGAGUGCCUCUUGCGGUGAUGUCAAAAGCAAAUCUGUAAAACGUCAAAAAUCUGCCGGAGGGAAAAACAAAGCUGAAGGACAGCCAAAGACAAAUCUGUUUAGUUUCUUUAAAAGGUCUACAGACCCGGUUGCAGUCAAUAAGAGUGUCACCGAGGUAACUAACGAAGCGUUUGAUUUAGUUAAGACUACUCCUUCCGAGUUUGAACAGUACGCAGGCGCGGAUAACGUCUCUUCACUCUCAAAUACCUCCGUUUCAUCUUCAGACGCGGCUUUAAAUGUUUCUGAAAACGAACCUGUCCCUGAAAACGCAUUGAGUCGCAAAGAUUGCGCAGAGAAGCGUAAAGUGGAUGCGGCAAUUUGGAAAAGUAUUCUCUCUGGGCCGCGUCCACCCCCUCUUUGUAGCGGUCACAAGGAGCCGUGCGUCCUAAGAACAGUGAAAAUCAAAGGUCCAAAUCAAGGGAAGCAGUUUCAUUGUUGUGCCAGACCACAAGGACACUGCUCCAAUCCUGAAGCUCGUUGCAAUUUCUUUAAAUGGGUGAAGUGGAGUUGAUUUCGGAGGUUGUGUAAAUAUCAUGGGGUGUUCCCACAAGAACAUGAGAGCUUUAAACUGUCAUUUUCCAAAAAAAAAUAAAAUCUAUCAGUCCUUCUUUAAAGGAAACAAAGAUUUCCAAUUAACCUGUUUGAAAGAAAUCGUUUGAAUACACUUCUACUGGAUUGAAGGAAACAUCAAAUGAGCAUUUUGAAAGCAAUUUUAUCAAUCAACUCUAAUGGGGAAUAUGUGGUUGAAGUCUCAUUUCCAAGCAUAUUCCUUGUUUAAAGUUUUCAGAGUUUGAUCAGGUAACCAAAAAUUGAUUUUCAAUUGAUUAUUGAACUGGAAAAUGAAACUUGCAUCUUCAUAUUUUCCGCCAAUUUCUGUUUAA